AUGGCAUCGUCGCUCAAGGAUCAGUUGGAACAACGCGGGUGGUUUCUCACUGACGAAGCGAUCGCUGAAUUGAGUGAGGGGAUUGAGAAGCUUUCAGCCAUCGAUGUGAUUCAGAGGGCUUUAGAUACUGAUCUCAGCGAAAUCGGGUCAGGGUCGAUUCCAGAGGAGCUCGCUAAAAAUCUGAAGAACGCCGAGAAGGUGUCCGGACCUGCCGUCUAUCAGAUACAGCGGAUUCGUAACGUCAGCGCUCCAAAAUCCGAUCAAGACAAUGAGCGUGACAAUAAAAUGCUCCGCAUAUACCUGACUGAUGGAGUCACACAGUUCAGUGCCGUGCUGUCGGGCAAAAGUAGCGUGAGCAUUAAGAAUACUUGUCCUGGAACGAAGAUACUGCUGAAUCCUCAGUCGGUGCCGGUUUGCAACGGUAUUAUCAUCCUUUCGGAAAGGGAUUUCAAAGUUCUGGGCGGAACAGUUCAAAAACUCGUGGACAAGUGGAAACUCGCAAAGGAUCUCUCGCAGCACAAACGGAGUUCAGGGGAGGCGGGGCCUCCGCCGUGGGUACCUUUCGGGGAACAGAUCAACAAAGACCUCAUCCGUCAACUGAAGACCGGAGGUCCUUUCAGAGCAAUGGAGAGGGCUGGAGUGACUAAAGUUGCGCCCAACGAAGCCUUCGAGCGACACCGCAUGUCGAAUAUUGAGGAAGUGACCGCCAAUCAGCCGACCGCGAAGAAGAAAGUUUUUGGAAGCGGUGCCCGAGAAAUGCACGAUGCCGACAUCGCUCAGAUUUGCGCCAAAGGAUUCUCCGCAGAAGCGGCAGCGAACGCACUGAGAAACAACAGCUAUAACGUCACGGCUGCGCUCCAGGCUCUCACCAUCCGUGGGGAUCGCGGUGAUCGUCAGUCAGGUCGCACUGGGGACGCUAAUCGGGAGAACGGGCAAAAAGGUGGCCGCGGCGAUGACAAUGCGGACCGUUUUAGGGGCGGCCCGAAAAAACGUGGUGGCCGGAAUCCAGACGAAGGGUCCAGGGGAACUUCAGAUCACCCCAGUAUGCAACCGUCGAAUCCGACGACGCUUUUCGACAUGAUCUCCACUAAGAUGAACAUACCAGAGCAACCAAAUCGCAGAGAGGAGUUUCGCCCAGCCCACGGAAACGGUCACGAUGCUUAUGAGAGCGGAGGACGUCAGAAGAACUGGUCGGGCUCGAAGGAGAACUCGGACGGCUUCCGUCAGGAGCGGAGAGGCACGACCGGACGCGGCGGAUUCCGACGUAAUCAGCGUCAGGAUAGCUACGUAUCGGAAUUCCCCACGCUGUCUUCAGCGGGCGUAGGGGCGGAAAAACCCCGCGAAGCCGCAGAAAAUCACUCCACAGCAAGCAGACCCAGCCAACAGCAUUCCGAGAAGGCACCGUCUCCGCGUCAAGACAUGAAGCCCGGCCAAUCCCAGAUGGGCCAGAGCAGUACGAUAACGCACAAGUUCAAGCCAGGCCAGCGAGUAUUCGCGAAGUAUUGGGAGGAUAAUCGUAUGUAUCGGGCUGUCGUUCACGAAAUGGCAGCAACCGGAGGAACCUGCGUUGUUCAAUUCGUCGAAUAUGGAAACUAUGAAGAAGUGUUGGUGGAAGAUGUCGAACUCGCCAAGGUCCCAGGAUGGGGUGGUGAAGAAGGAUUCGAUGAGCGAAAAGUUCCUCCGCAUUCGCAGGAAACCGAGAGGACUGGUAUGAACUCUUUCCAGCAGCAGAGCAGAACUUCCAACGGUGGGCCGCCAUCCCACGAACGCGGAGGAGCUCAACAGAACCGCUACCAAGACAACGCUAUGCGGAAGAACAACACGAACGUUGUAUGCGUGUCGAAUCUGUUGCUCCGUCUAGGAGCGAAGGAAUCGUACCGGUGA